GCUGUAGCCAGUGGCAAAGGGCACAAUGUGGCGGUGGAGUUGAGCCCUCCCUCUGCCUCAUCCUGCCUGUCCUAGUCUCUAUCCAGGGACAGCUCCUUCCUCACCUUAGUCCCCAGAGGAGUGUGACCACCAUCUGUUCCUGUUCCUUUGCUUAAUGCUUGGCCUUGAUGACCUUAAAGGCCUUUUCCAUCCUAAACAAAUGAUCCUAUGGUUUGGCAGUGCAGUCACUCUUCCCCAGGGAUUUCAGGAUCAUGCUCUGAUCCUGGCACCCUGCUGCAGGAUCUUCACAGGUCUGGUGAGGGAAGGAGAGCUCAGGUGCUUAUCUUGAUCUCAAGUGUUCCCAGACUGCGGCGAUGAUGAUCCCACGGAUCACAGAUCCCAAUCUCUAGCAGCAACAGCUGCCACCUCCCGAACAAAUCCUAUAAACCCUUCUUUGCCGCUGGCAACGGAUGAACCAGAGCAUGGAGGACAUGGGGGACGCUGGCGACCUGGGCUGUGCUGGGAGGCGGCUGCUGGGUGAGAGAUGUGCCAAGUCCUGCUGAAGCCACUGUCGGAGUGAGGAAGGCAGUGCAGCACCAUGACUGCGGCACGGGGGGGUCUCCUCUGUCCCAUCACCAUGGGACUGUGUCUGCAGAGCCUCUUCCUCCUCCUCCUCGUUCUCCUGGGCUCCUGCCUCCACCCAGCCACUGCCUUCUCCAAGGGCUGUUACCCCUCAGAAGAGGAAGGGCUGAAGACGUUUCGCUGCAGCAACGCUCAGCUGACUGAGGUCCCCAGAGACAUCCCCAAUGACACCAACAAGCUCUACCUGGACUUCAACCAAAUCCCCUUCCUGCCUCGCGAUGCCUUCCGGGACCUGCCACUCCUGCUGGAGCUAGACCUGUCCCACAAUGCCGUCUCCAGAAUCGAAAGUGGGGCUUUCCAGGGCCUGGCAGAACACCUGCACUCUCUGGACUUGUCUUCCAACAGGCUAGUGUCAGUCAGCAAAGACGCCUUUAGCAACCUGAAAGCCAAGGUGAACCUGUCCAACAACCCGUGGCUGUGUGACUGUCGGCUGCAGGAGCUGAUCCGUGCAGUGGAGCUGGCAGCCGACUCCUCGAGGGGCAUCGUGUGCGACUCCUCCCCACAGGAGGAGCACGUGGGCAAAGCUUUCCUGCAGGUCAUGGCUGACACGGACUUGUGCAACGUCUACAAGAAGACCACAGACAUCGCCAUGCUGGUCACCAUGUUUGGCUGGUUCGCCAUGGUGAUUUCCUACCUGGUCUAUUACGUGCGACAGAACCAGGAGGACGCCCGGCGGCACCUGGAGUAUCUCAAGUCACUGCCCAGCAAGCAGCGGCGAUCAGAGGAGUCAUCCACCAUCAGCACUGUGGUGUGAGCACCAGCAUCCUGCUGGACAUGGGGACGUGUGGAGAUGGGCCCCAGCCACUCCAGGGGCUUGCCACGGCUGCAGGAGCUGUCACCAGGC